AUGCACGGCUGCCACCCCGCCACGCUCGCCCUCAACGCGGGCCCCGUCGCGGAGUUCGGCUACCUCAAGGACCUCCCCGCACCGCAUCAUCAUCGGCGGCGUCUCGACGAGGACCCCCGGGAAGAAGGCCCGCCUUGCCGCCCUGCCGCCCUGGGAGGCUUCGUCAUCCGGGCCCGCGAUGGCAGCCGUCGCUUCGUCCACAACCGCCGGGCGCGCGCGCCCCGGCGCAAGGGGAACGCGCCGCGCUGCGCCGAGACGAGGGAGGCGCGCAUCGCCGCCGCCAACGAGCGCGACCGGAAGACCUCGGCCGACGCCGCCGUCGAGCGCAGGAGGAAGCGCGCGGAGGCCGCGGCGAGAGCCGUCGACAGAUACUCCCGUGACACGAACUACCGGCUCCUGCACGACUGCACGGCGGACCUGUUCGCCAAGCUCCUCGCCGAGGACAUGCAGAAGCUCGCCGACGGCAAGGUCAACGAGCUCUCGCUUGCCGCGAAGUGGUGCCCGUCGUUGGGAAGCUGCUACGACCGCUCGACGCUCAUGUGCGAAGCCAUCGCGCGCCGCCUCUUCCCCAAGGGCUCGGCGCCCGACCUCCCCGAGGACUUGGAAGACGAGUACUACGCCUACCGCGUGCGCGAUCGCCUCCAAAAGGCGGUCGCGCCCCUGCGCCGCGCCCUCGAGGUCCCCGAGAUCUUCGUCUCGGCGAAGGCGUGGGGGGACGUGGUGUACAAGCGCGUGGCCUCCGUGGCCACGAAGAACUACAAGGACCUCUUCCUCAAGCACGACGCCGAGCGCUUCAAGCUCUACCUCGCCGACGUCGAGGCUGGCAAAGCGAAGAUUGCGGCGGGCGGCCUGCUCCCCCACGAGAUCCUGGCGUCCAUCGGCACCGACGGCGUCGCCAACCUGCAGUGGCAGCGGAUGAUCGCCGACCUGCGGGCGCUCGGCAAGCUCAGCAACAGCAUCGCCGUCUGCGACGUGUCGGGAAGCGUGGAGGGGCUCCCCAUGGACGUGUGUGUCGCGCUCGGUCUCCUCAUCUCCGAGCUCAGCGACGAUCCAUGGCACCACCGGGUCGCAAGAAUCCUCAGCUACACGUGA